AUGUGCUGCCAAGUCUUCACAAAAGGCAAGUCGGCGGCCGAGUCGGAGAUCACAGAAGGCCGAGAAGGCCAGAAGCUGGGUGAGGCCAGGGUGGCCAGGCCACUCCCGGAGUGCCGUGCACCUGCAGCGCAGGACGAUGCAGUGCCGCAAGAUCUUCCUGACCUCAAGGCAGUGACCGCAGGCGGUCCGCCGUUGGACAACAUGAGCCAGACGCCCCCCAUCGACGCCUGUCGCCUUCAGGGGUCGGUGGCUGGCCACGCCGGCUAUGCAGGCCUCGAGGUGACGCCUGCCGUCUCCGGCCUGGCCCAGCCCCAGGUGCAGGUCGGCAGACUCGUCCAGAAUGCCGAGCUGAAUAAGGCAGAAGGUGUUGCACUGUUCCAGUCCGGCCAGUACUACAGGGCCUACCAGGUGUGGAGAUGCAACAUCGACGAGCUGGAGGCAUUCGGCACGGACAGGUUAGGAGAGGACGGCCAGCGCACCUUCGUGGCGCUGUGCUUGAAUGCUGCGCAGGCCUUGCUCAAAUGCCCGGAGAUUGAUGGUGCUCCGACCGAGAUAGCUGCCUCGAUGGCUGACAAGGAUGCUGGCUGUGGUAGUACUGGGACUGGGAGAAGGGUUCGUUGCUGUGGCAGAAUCUCCAUCCUCCACGGUCGUCGAACGAUGCUCCGCUUAAUGAAGGUGGAGAGGCUUUCCGCGUGUUUGGCUCGGAGGCUCAGAGGCUCCGGCUCCUUUGUUCGCCUUUUCGUGACAGCCAUGGCUCUGCUCCGAGCAGCUUUGGCUCUGCGGACAGCUACGCUGCCCCGGAGCCUGACGCAGGCCAGCACUGACUCCUUCCCCUUCGUGCCGGUGGACUGGGUCUUUCGUUUCUUCCCAUACUUCAGUCGCGAUAAGGUUCGCUUCAUGCUGCGUUACGUCCAAAUUUCCUUCUUCUCUGGUCUGGGCUAUUUCUAUCUCUGGUGCCACACACCGUACGGCUGCGACAACUACGACCACUUCGCCGAGAGUCCGCUGUUCCUGUUUGUGAAAAGUCGCUUGGAGAAGUCAGGUCAGCUUGAGGAAAACCUGCGCAUCAAAGUCCACCACUUCUAUCCGCAGACAGAGUCCGAGUAA